AUGGCAGUCACCGCGAACAAAGAUCUUGGUGCCCUGGCAGAAACUGUUCGGGAAACGGAGGUCCAAAAAGGGAAUAAUACGGAUUCUGAUGCAGAUUCACAGACCGAUCUUUUGCGAGCUGCUGGCAUAGGCCUUGCUGAAGAUGAUCCUGCGGAGCCCAUUCUCACCUUGCGUAUGUGGGUGCUAGGAAUUGCUUUUUGCAUAAUUGUCAGCGGACUGAACACACUGUACACUCUCCGUACACCGUCCUUGACAAUUUCGGGCGCCGUGGUUCUCUUGCUGGCCUAUCCACUGGGAAAACUAUGGGAGAAAGUCAUCCCAACAUGGACCCUCCCGCUAGGUCUGUGGUCGUUCGACCUCAACCCGGGACCUUUCAACACGAAGGAACAUGUGUUGAUCUACAUCAUGUCUAACCUCAGUAUCUAUGUUCGUCUGGGUGCCGAUGUUCUGACAGAGCAGCAAAUGUUUUACGGUUACAAGGCAGGAUGGGGAUUCCAAAUUCUCAUUACCCUCUCUACAUUCCUUGUCGGAUUCUGUCUGGCCGGGUUAUUCCGAGCUGUGGUAGUUAUUCCUAGGGAGUUGAUCUGGCCUGGAGUUCUGGGAGUGACUGCCUUAACCACCACUCUUCAUCAUAUCAAUCAGAAACAAGUCCAACGGUACAAUACCUGGAAAAUCUCCCGUUAUGCGUUCUUCGCCAUGGCAUGCUGCCUUUCGUUCUGUUGGUAUUGGUUCCCAGACUUCCUCUUUCCGGCACUUAGUUAUCUCAGCUUUCCGUGCUGGAUCAAGCCAGAGAACAAGGUGGUCAAUCAGAUAUUUGGAAUGCGUUCAGGAAUGGGCCUUUUGCCUCUGACUUUUGAUUGGAGUCAAAUAUCCUAUGUUGGGUCUCCCUUGCUCAUCCCCUGGUGGGCAAUUCUCAACGUCUUCGUUUCUCUGGUGUUCUGGGUCUGGAUUGUGGCGGUUGCUUGUUAUUAUGCCAAUGUGUGGAACACGGGGUAUCUUCCUUUCCAGAGCUCUCAAGUAUUUGACAAUACUGGCCAAAUUUACAAGGUCAAAAAGAUCGUCAAUGCGGCUUCAGCCUAUAAGCUCGAUGUCAAGAAAUACCUUUCAUACUCACCGGUCUAUAUGCCAAUCACCUACGCGCUGAACAUGUUCGGGCUGUCAUUUGCUACCCUAAGCGCUCUUCUUGUUUGGGUACUUCUCGAAAAGCGUCAUAUCAUGGCCGACGCUGCCAGACGCGUCCCUCGACUGGUUAUUGCGUCUCUUCCCGGCCGUUUCAAAGAGCAUGCUGAGGACAAGAGGGAAGACUGCGAUGUGCCCAUGUGGUGGUACCUGAUUUGCUGCGUUUUGGCCUUGUUCAUGGCAAUGUUUGCGAUUGAAUGGUGGAACGUGGAAUUAAGAUGGUACGGUGUUUUGCUGGCAUGCGCUGUCGCGUUGGUAUUCUACCCUCCGUUGGCCCUAGUCUAUGCAACAUCUAAUCUCAAGAUCAAUAUCGACAUUUUCUGUCGUAUUGUGGCCGGUUUUGUCUUCGAAGGCAAGGUCCUAGCUAAUAUCUGGUUCUUUGACAUCGGUUAUAUCACGACCAUCAAGGGUCUUUACUUUGCACAGGAUAUGAAACUAGCAUACUAUUGCCAUAUUCCGCAACGAAAAUUGUUUUUGGUCCAAUGCGUUGGGAUGAUUGUGGGCACGCUCUCCUCACUCGGCGUCCUUAAUUGGGCCAUGAAUCAUAUCGGUGGGAUUUGCACCAGCGCUGCUGUCAAUGGCUUCAGUUGUCCCUACUCGAGCACCCACUUUAACACUUCUCUGAUCUGGGGUGCAGUGGGGCCUCGACGCUAUUUCUCCAGCCAGGUUGGCUAUUCCACUUUGCUUUAUUUCUUCAUCAUUGGGGCCAUAUUGCCUCUACCCGUUUAUUAUCUGACUCGCCGCUACCCAAAAUCGCUGUGGCGAAAGGUUCAUGUCCCGCUGUUCCUCGGUGGGUUGAAUUACCUGCCCCCUGCGACCGGGAUGAAUUACGGCAGUUGGGCAGUUAUCGGGCUCAUCUUUGGCUUGCUUAUCCGGAAGCGUCUGCAUAGCUGGUGGAGUAAGUACAACUUUGUCCUGAGCUCAGCCAUGGACUCAUCUGUGGGAAUUGCUGGUGUGGUGAUUUUCUUGACUAUUUACUUCACUGGAGCUAGCAAACAUUUCAACUGGUGGGGAACAGAGGUCCACAAGGUAUGA